AUGUAAAAUCGGAUUGGAGAAAUAUAUAGCAAGUUAAAAUAACUGAUUCAUCCGCAUUCAAAUGGAAAAUUUUAUUGGGAUAUGCUCAUCAUCGUUUUGUCGCUAUUUAAUGCUUUUUAUGUUCCGGUUGAGCUUACAUUCGCUAUUGAAACUACUGAAAUGGAGGUUAUUAAUUACAUUAUGGAUUGUAUUUUUGUACUUGAUAUAGUUGUGAAUUUUCGAACCAUUUAUUUUGAUGAGAGGACGAAUGACCCAAUAACAGAAACAAGAAAGAUUGCUAUCAAUUAUGUAUUAAGGGGAAGAUUUUUUAUUGAUAUCGUAGCCACCUUACCAUUAGAGUUCAUCAGCGAAAUAAAAGAUGUCCAUAUUUCAAAAUCCUCGUUGAAAUUGAUUGGACUUAUAAAGUUAACGAGAUUAUUGAGGCUAGGGCGAAUUAUCACUUACAUAAGAAUGAGCAAAUCUUUUAAGCAUGGAAUUAAGAUAUUCCUACUUGCCAUAUAUCUAUUCUUGAUUAUUCACUGGAUUGAUUGCGCAGCAUAUUACGUAUUUAUGGUAGAAGAAGAUUGGCUGCCUCCUAAAGAUGUAAUUCCUGAUCAUACAUUCAUAUAUGAUGACUAUACCAAUGGUUAUUUUGUAAUGUUUUAUUAUGGUUCACUCUAUCUAAUGUCAAAUGAUGCACUUCCAUUCACCACACUUGAAAUUGUUUUCAGUAUCAUUUUCGUGUUUAUUGGAUCAGUAUCACUUGGUAUCCUUGUGGGUUAACUCUCAACUAUAUUAAGUCAAAUUACAAAAAAAGCAAGAAGUGAAGCUGAGAAAGUAGAUUUUAUUCAGAGCAUGAUGUUCAAUCUCAAAGUACCUGAAAUACUUCAGUAAAGAAUAAUUGAAUAUCAUUCUACCUGCAUUAGUUCUCAAUAUAUCAUAGGACCUGCGAGACUCAAAUUAUUGGCUCCAAGUUUAAUUCAGAAAAUUUCGGAUCAUUAACUUCAAAAAUUAAUCUCAGAAAAUCCAUGGUUUUCUAGCUCAGAUAAUCAUUUGGCAUCUAUGUUCUCUAAGUUUACAUCGAUUUAAUUAUAUUUGCCAGGUGAUGUAAUCUUGAAAUAAGGAGAUGAAGGUAAAAGCUUUCAUUUCAUCAUAAAUGGCUAUGCGAAUGUGGUUCGUGAAAAUAUUGAUAUGCGCUUAAGCCAAUUUUAAGAAAUAGCAAAUUAAAACCUUAACUACUAAAAGCAACAAACUAUUUUCGAAAGAUUUAAAUAAUUCUUUAUGAAUUCAUAAAGCUCUACGUUAAAAGAAGAUCUCGAAAAAAUUUAGAAAUUGGCCACAAUAAAAGUAAGCAAAAAGAGAAAUAUUGGAACUAGAAGAUCAAAUGUAUUUAUUCCUUAAGACAAUGAGGAUGAUGCUUAUAGCUUCUUGAGAGAAAUAGGACAAAAUAAUUAUUUUGGUGAAAUUUCAUUGCUUACUAAUCUUAAGAUAACAGCUUCAGUAUAUGCAAUUGAUCAAAUGACUUGUGGAGAAAUUGAACAAAGAAAAUUCUUGUAAAUUAUAAGCCAUUCCUCAGACUUUAAGAAAAAACUUAUGAAUAGAAUUAAAUAAUACUAAGAUCCUCUUUUCAAGGAAUUUGAAUAUAUACUCAGGAAUGCUUUUAUCUUCAAGCAUUUAAGUAAUGAUACUCUAAAUAAAAUCUCUCAUUUAUUCCACUAAGAAAGUAGAAUGUCUGGCCAGACACUGAUAAGAAAAAGAGAAAGACAUGACUUGAUCUACUUUAUUAGAAAGGGGGAAGUAGAGGUGAGAUUUCCAUACAGUAUGUAUGAUGCAGCUCUCUCCACAAAUAUGUAUCAUUAGUUUAUUAAUACAAUCGAUACCAAUAAAGAUGCUCAAAUCUAAGAUGAAAACAUUUAUUUUGGCAGGAUCAAUGAGGGAGGCUAUUUUAAUCUAUCGAGUGCUCUUCUAAAGAAGUUUUCUCUUUUUGAAUUCAUAGUAUCAUCGAAAAAGGUUGACUUGCUUAUUUUGAAUGCAGCAGAUUUAGUUUUUUUAUCAAAGAAGUGUGAGGAUCUAUACUAUGCUUUGGAAACUCAUGCUGUGCUCUAUGAAGUGGAUGGACAAAAAUACGACUUUAACAGAUAAAUAAGAAAACCACCAACUCAUAAUUCAAGAAUAGAUUCAGAAUAUAUACAUCAGAAAAAUAAAAAUCUGCUGAUAAAACAAAUUAAAGCAAUAAAGCCAAAAGAGUUUCUCAACCUCAGAAUUUUUGGAUUGCUCGAUGAACUUUUUAACUUAAGAAGAGAUAAGUAUAUUAAAUAAAAAAGAAGGAAAUAUCUGAAAGAAUUAAAGGAAAAAAGACUUUAAAAUCAUAGUUGGCUUAAACAGUUUAUAACUAUGAGGGAUUAAGCAAAUCAAUUCAAUCAGGAAUUUACAGAAGAAACAGAAGAAUAGCUUAUGAAAGUCCUUGAUACAAUUAAAGAUAAGGACAAACUUCUUGAAAGCUUUAAAGGCUAAGUUUGUAAAAUGCAAAAUGAUUUGGAAAGAAGAUCUGAUAGAUUCAUUUAGGUGAAAUGCUUUUAGGCAGGCAUCGAAGUGCAAGAGUUUGAGGAUAUGAUUUAACAAGCUGACUAAGUUAAGGAUCAAACAAAAUUAAAUAUCAGCACAGCUGGCCCAGAAUUUGGAGAUAUUUUGGAUGAAGAUUAUAUAGCGAAGUCUGAGGAAUUAAUUCAUAAAUAACCAUUAUCUGAGCAUAAUAAAUCUGAUACUAGUGUCACAGACAGUGAUGAUGUCGAGACAGAGUUCGAUGACAUCCGUUUUAUCAUAGAAAAACACAAGUAAGAGGAAAUGAUGAUGAAGCAAUCCCACAAAAAGAGUUUAAGUAGGGAGAAAUUAUUUAAACUAGAAAAUGUGGAUCUAGAGUUGUUGAAAAAUCAAAAAAGCUUUGUGCAGUUAGAAUCUAUAAAUAUUGACUUUCGAGAUAAAAUAAAAAAAGCUAAAGAAAGCAGAUUGUAGUAUAUGUAUAACAGAAGUAAAAAAUCAGUCUAAUCUUGA